AUGUCAGCGCCGGACGUUGCUGGCGACCAAGGUGCCGGCUGGGACGAAGCGCAAUGUGCAUCGGCCCUCGCACAGCUCGAGCAACUCCAAGCGCAGGUCUGCAAGCUGUCCUCACUUCCACUUAUCAUAGCUCACACAGCACAGAUUGAUGAUUUACGCCUUGCGAUUCCACGCAUCGUCGAGCCCUUUCAGCGGCCCCCAAGCGCUGGAAUGUUCAAACAGUAUGCCCAGGGUGUACAAGGGUCGCAACAAGACAUAAAGACGCUUCACGAGCAAUGGAGGAGCCCGGAGACCCAGGCAGUGUUUGAACACACCAGAAAAAGCCUGGUUGCAAAUUCAGAUCUCUCUCCAAGUAGGUCCAUGCCCGCACAUGGUUGGACCGAGAGAGAAAAGAAACAGCACAAUAUUACCAAGGGGGGUGACAGUGAGAGUACGGACGAUGGCAGUGCUACUCUUUCCAACGAGGAUGUUGCACGCAUAGUCGCAGACUUUCAAAGAUCAAAGCCGAACAUCAAGUUGGAGACACAGGACGAUAAUCGGAGAAUAUCAGUAUGGUCAGCAUUCACCUCAUGUUCGCACGAAUUAACAUCUUCGCAGACUCAAUUUGUAGCUGGCAGUGUCAGACUUCUAUUUCGUAUUACUGUCGAAUACGAUGCGAAUGGAAAGCACAAGCUCAAUGUGGGCAGCAUGGGCAGCACUGAACCCUGGCUAUCGAUCAACAGGUGCAUUGCAUCACGGCCACACCCGAACGAUUUGAAGAUUCUGCUGGAUAUGAUUACCGCAUACAAGACCGUGAAAGGCACAUCCUGUGCCAAAUGCGGACGUCUCCUCGACGAUAUGGCACUGACACCAGCUGCUAGGCGUAGUAAACAGGUCGCUGCCGCGAACGAAACCACUGAGAUCGUGUGGGAAGCCUUCCAUGAGAGCUGUUUGGGUUGA